GUUGUGCAUGAAGGAGGCCCUCAGAUACCAGUGAUUAUCGGCUUUUUACGCCUAGCUUCACCUCAGAACCUCCCUGAACAGUCUCAGAAAUUGGCGGUCUGAUAUAUAGAGGGCGCUUGACUGGCACCUCAUCCCUUGCGCCCACCAUCCUUGCUGCGACACACCUUGAGCUUCGAACAUUAGAACCUGCCAUGGCUACCCCUCCAGAACAGCCGACAUUCAGAUCGAGUGUCAAGAUAGAUGUUGCCAAUGUAUUGGGCAAUAAGCCUGACCAGCCAGUAUCUGGAAUUUCCCAACCCACCACUCCCCCAUCGGCAUUGAUAUUCAGUGGCUCGAGCGACGAGGCUACUCCUGAAAACACCAUAAUCGUCACAGCGCCCAGCCAGACUUCAUCCGGUGUUUCCCGUUCUGUCACCUAUCAGCCUGGUGCUAGUUUGCCUCGCAAAGGAUCUUUCCCCGACCUCUUGCCCCACGGUCAUGAGGUCCCCCCUGCCAUAGGUGGAGGGAAUUUGGCUAGGGAAGUCACAGCUAAUAUCAAUACCAAUGCUCAAGCGGUUUACAAGCUCGAUAAGGACGAAUUGCAGACCGACAGCGACCCUGACUUCCGCUAUUCGAGAGGCUCAUUUGUGACGUUUCCAUCCAGUACGCUACCUUCCUCAGGACAUACCCAUGGCUCCAUAGCGAAAAACACGGAUCACUCGAUGAUGUCCGUUGAUGAGUCUAGCACUUCUAAUGUCUCAGAAGACGUUUCCAAUGACCCAGCUACUCGCAAGCGCAAGCAAUACGUUCUAUGCGAUGGCUCUGUUGUGUCCGGCAAAGGUUUAGGGAGGGGCCGGCCGGGCGUCAAACGGGGCCCACGAAACACAAAAGACCAAUCUGCGAAUAAUGGUUCACCUUUGACUGCAGCAGAUACCUCCAAUGAUGCUUUGAAACACCCGAGCAAGAAGCGUAAGAGUGUUGAUGGAAACACACUGAGCGCAAGGUCAACCACGGCGGAAUCAGUUACAACCCAAUCUCGAGAGUCUUCGGAAGAGUACAAACCGACUGGACACACAAGAUCAGGACGUCAGACGCAGAAACCUGUGAACUUGACGAAUGAAAAUACCACUAGCGCGAGUCCGACCAAGCCGUCGCGAGCUGGUUCCAAUAAUGUUGCCACUCCAUCGUCGUCCGCCAAAACCCACCCCAAGAUCAAAAGGAGAAUAUAUCGAGGCCGUGAACAGUUUGCCUUGUGUGAGCAUUGCUCACGAGGGCAUGGCCCACCAGGCAACGUUAUUGUGUUUUGUGAUGCAUGCAAUAAAUGUUGGCAUCAAAGAUGCCAUGAUCCUCAAAUAUCUAAACAGACGGUCUCGGACGCUAAAGCUGAAUGGUAUUGCACUGAAUGCGACCGAAUUCUACAUGGCAAAAAGGCGAAGAAAACUAACAACAAAGUGAAAGCUGUGCCCGCUCCUUCUGUUGUUCCAGCGACACCGGUAUAUGCAGGCACUCGACUUGGUGGACGAUUCUUAAAAGCAGAUCAGAAGCUGGCCUAUCUGCACACAUUGUCGAAAGAGAACUUGGUUUCACUUCUCAUGCACGCAUCAGAUCUCGCCCCUGACUUGCCUAUCUUCCAAACCCUUGUGACACCAGCUCAGCCAGCAAUUGUUCCUCAGGCUCAAUUUACAUCUACAUAUGUCACGCCGGUGACCAACUUGCCAACCUCGCGUGAGGUGGAUGGCGGCGAUGCCGUUGACGAAGGUUAUGAUGGUUACUACGACGAGCAUGCGGCCUUGUACCCCAAACCAGGCCACGGAAUUCGAUUGCCUCCCGAGAAAGAGGAUUUGCAUAUGUUGUUGGAAGGUAAAGAUAGCAGAACAUUCAGCCACUGGGUCCGAGGCAUGCCAGGGAAUGAAUACAGUGGAAGUGGAAAUGCUACGAAUCGCCACUGAUGCGCAGAAGAAGUCAUCCACUCCGUCGGCUUUUGUUUAUCGAUAGUUCCGAAGAACACGCGACGCACUCUGGUCGAGACUGGGUGCCCUCUUUCUUGUCAGACCCAUUCAUUGUCAACUUGACAGAAUGUUCCCAACCCAUCUGUCCGAAACACUUGUCGAUUGGUCGUGUGCCUCCAUGGACAGGCCCUUUAUCCCAGUCUCGUCAUCAGGCUCUCUAUCAUUUCAUAUCCAAGGAUUCAUUCGCAAAUGUAAAGCUGUAAGUAUACAAAGAAGGUCUUGACAAGGUCGAUGGAGGAGGAUGUCUUUAAGACUGAAUCGAUGUUCUCGUCGGUGGUGAGUCAAAGGGAGUGUGCAAAAGAUGUUGAAAUGAGAGGAGGAUGGGUAGAUUUGGUGUUUUUGGAACAGGCUCUCAGCAUCCGAGUCCAUUGUGGUUAUAGAAAGCAUGGUGGUCACGGGCCAAGCAUAACGCUUUGCCGAUGAACAACGAACGAAAGAUGUCCUACAACGAGUAGCUCAAAGGGUGCAACAAUGCAACUAUUCAUUCUCAUCUAGUACACGGCCAAAGUGGCAUCCUAAGUCUCUUCAGUGUGUGUUUGGCUACAAUUCUACCA